GACAUGACUGGCUCGCCUCGCCACGAGUCCAUAUCGCAGGUGCAGGCGAACGCCUUGGAGACCCUGGUUGCGAGGGAGCAGGCAGGUCUUUCGGACGACCAGAAGGCGAGUGCAACGGCCCUCGUCUCCCAUGCGAACUGGCGCGGCCGCCGCGGCCUGAACGUCUUGCAGGGGUUCCACCGAGCGCAGUUCAGAGCACGCUGGCGCAACGCAUCAUUCGCCUGGGGGGGCGCGCAUGCGGACGAGUAUUCGCUGAAGCUUGCUAACCCGGCCUUCAUGCUCAUCGCCAUGCCCGAUCGGGUCGAGACCAUGUCCUACUACGAGAAGAAGAAGUGCUACGACAACUUCAAGACGGCGUACCACCGCGUGGCGGAGAAGUCGCCGCGGCCCAGCGCCUAUAUGCUGGAGCUCCCGCAGACGCCUCUGGACCUCCUGGCGUCGUUCCCGACGGUCUACCAUGCCGCGUUCUCGGCAAAGCCUGGGGGCGGCCCAGCAGCGUGCCCCCUGGACAUGCGACUCCUUCGAGACUUGGAGGCAUCCUAUCGGCGCCGCGGUGCCGCGCCCGCCUGCUCGGACCGCACCAGCGGCGCGGCGUCGCAGGAGCUGGCCACCAGGGCGCCUCCGAACCAGAUGGAGCAGUACAUGCAACAGCAGAUGCAGCAGAUGCAACAGAUGACGCAGAUGAUGCAGAUGGCUUUCGGCGCGGCGGCGGGAAGCAUGCGAGGGGGCCAGAGCGCGGCGCCGACAGGGGGCGGCGAUCUCUUGGACAACCUGACGGUGUUCGGCGCGAAUCGGCGGCCUGGUAGACACCCUGCUCUCGCCACGACGGGUGCGGCUCGCGCGGGCUCGAGCGAUGCGUUGGCGAGCCUUCCACAGGCCGCGGCGCCGACCGCGGGAUCGCAGCACGCUGGCCCGCCCAACGUGACAUCGUCAGCAGAGGGGUCGCAGCAGAUCGCGGCGUCGGCAGCGGCGCCCCCGACCCAGUCGCAGCCGAUCGUGGCGUCGGCAGCGGCGCCCCCGACCCAGUCGCAGCCGAUCGCGGCGUCGGCAGCGGCGAGCGCGCCGCCAGCCGCUGAGCCAGCCGUCGAGCUCGCGCGGCCCUUGAGGAUGGACAUCGGGACACAGGUCGAGGAGGCCAUGAAAAUGAUGCUGCAUAAGAAGAAUACGAAGCAGGCGAAGAAGCGCCCAGCGGCAUGCCAGGCGGCCGACGAGCGCGAGCAAGAGAACGUGGACGGUGAUCAGGGGGAGGCGCUCAUUUCCGACAUCGUUGUGUGGACGGGCUCGGACGGGAGCGUCAACAAGAACACGUUCGCAUCGAGGAUGUACUCCAGGGCCAAGAAGCGGGCAGCUGACGACGGCUACUCGCAUGAUGCAUCGGUCGAGGUAGCGAAGAAGGCCUACGGCGCGGCAGCCGCGAUGUGGGAUGCCAAGUGCAGCUGA